AUGGCAUAUACAAAUACUUCUCCUGAUGGGUCUUCUUGUGAGGUGACCAAUGAUGACAAUGCAAUGAUGCAAAUGCUUGAAUGUAUUCCUUCGUCGUUGGCUCCUUCGGUUCGAAAUCAGCAACCUAUUACCACAGAUCAUGCAGCCUCAGCUAGCCCUCUUCAUCCUCAGGGCAGCUAUUUGGAGAGGGUGGAACAUCUUUGUGCUAGUACUGAAAAGUACUCAUACCUUUUAGCUGUCAAUGGCUACCACCAUCAUCCUUUAUUCAUGCAUUCACAAGGCCAUGGCGAUAUAGACCAAUCCCAGCUUAACGGCAGGUUUCCGUGUCAGCAAGGAUAUUAUAUCACCACCGAUGGCAUUCUUUUCUCACCGCCGUUAUCAGCAUCACCCGCCUUGUCAUCACACUUUGAUACAAUAAACAACCCCACCACCACUACGACAUCCACGUAUCAUGAAAAUUGCGAACAACCCGAUCCUCUCGUUAUCCCCGAUGCAUCAACGUCUUCCAACCUUGUAUCACUGUCAUCAUCCAUCGGCAUGAAAAAAAGUGGGAGCGAUUUGCUGAACACGUGUUACAACGAAGCACCUGAUCAACAAGAUUGUGGUGGUGGUGGCGCGAAUAAUAGAAAAGAGGACUACCUCCUGUUAACCCCACCAUCAGCAACCGAUACCCCUCAUCCUUUGCGUCAUUUGUCGCCAUCAUAUGAUUUAGCAGCAACAUCAUCGAGUACAACUACUACUGCCAGUGGCAAUAAUCAACACGAACCACAAUCCUUGUUUUGCCAACAGGUGUCUGGUGGUUUUGCUUGUACGACUACCAGCACCAGUAACAGCCAGUGUAACAAGCGCAGCAGCGGGUCUGUUGCCAAGAGCAAUUCCUUGGAAACACAGCGUCCCUAUGCAUGUGGCAUAUGUGAUGGGACAUUUAAACGCCCACAGGAUCUGAAUCGUCACCUACGAAGUGUUCAUGGACCAAGGAUUCAUAUCUGCCUUGCAUGCCAACGCACGUUUUCUCGUAAAGACAGCUUGAAUCGACAUCAAGAAUCAGCUUGUAAAGGUAGGGCCAAGCAACAUCGUCACCAGAAAACAGGACACCGGCUGUCAGGCAAUAACAACAUCCACGUGAACGUUCCGGAGCUUCGUCGCCUUGAAUACAUGAAAUUUCGCACGCUUUGA